ACCGCCAGAGGAAAGCAACAUGAAAAUCAGAUGAUCCAGACCGACAGAGGAGCUGUCGUUCGUUUGUCUGUGAAAAGCUACUGUUGUUCUUCUUUUGCUCUUUCUCUUACAAUAAAUGGUAAGAGAAUAAUGGGGAUACAUUUACUUUAAUGUUGUAUUUGGUGUGAGAGAGCGAGUUUAUGCCUCGCAGCUGGAAAUGGACGAAAACACGGAAGUCAGAACAUCAAGGGGCUGCAGAAUGCAGGACAGAGAAGAAAAAGAGCUGAUUUGAGUCAUGGCUGAGGAACCCGCAGCAGAAAUCCAGUUGCUGAGAAGCCAGAAGACAAAGCUGAUAGAAAUUCUAAGUGCAGAUGCUGAUUUUGUGCUGCAGCAUGCAGACGCUCGCCGUCUGCUGUCUCUUCGCGGCUACCAGCAGGUGAAAUCUUGCCGUGUUCCCAGUGAAAAGGUUACAGACCUUUUGGAUCAUAUCAUUCAGAGAGGUCCUGAAGCAGCACAAGGGCUACUGGAACUACUGAAGGACCAGGCUCUGCAGGAAACCUUCCCAAUGCUUUGUUUUAUUAAUGAUCUGCAGGUCAACUCGCUGUCUUCAGAAACAUCAAGAAAGAGAAAACAAGGUGCUGAAUUACAAGAUAUAAUUCCAGCCAAAAACAUCUGCAAAAAUGCAUCCAGUUUAGUGAAGGAGAAACAGCUGAUGUCUGUGGCUCGUGCCAUUGGCAGAUCUUGGCGGGAGAUCGGCAGACUGGCUCUAGACAUCCCGUCUGUGAAGCUGGAACAGAUCGAAGAGGAUCAUCAGCUACAUGUGGAGCGAGUCUUCGCCAUGCUGCGUUACUGGAGAACCCGCCAGAGGGACAAAGCCACUGCUGCUCACCUGCACUCCCUCCUCAGUCAGGACAACUGGGCUCUGCCACCUGAAAGCAUCGACUUUCUGCUGGAGACCAACUGAGGCCUUCACUGUCUGAUUCCUUCUGGGAAUUAAACCCUCUCAGAGGAAAUGUUUUUACUGGGGAUUAGUGUUUUUUUCUCAUCAUAAAGACUCAUUUUAUGUCAGGGGAGAAACAGGACUAUGAUUUUACUACCUGAUAAAACUACCCCACAGUGGGGUAACAUUUACGCCUCUGGGAAAGAGACCUUUGUUCACCUUAAACUACACUUCUAUAUAAUGGUGCUGCUGACAUAGAAAAAUAGUAAAUGAUUUAUUUUGAUGCAUUACUUCUUAAGAGCUGUUGUUACUGCUGUAAAAAAUGAUUGUUGUGUUAUUUUUUAUUCUCCUUUUAGAAAUUAGAUGAACAACUAAGCAGUGCUCAGUUCAUUUUAGUGUGCAUUGAAAGAGGUGAAUAAAAUUAUAUUUCUUUUA